CCGAAUCCUUAUGCCGGAAAAAGAAAUGUCAACAGAAUGAGGUGGUGUUUUUGAACAUUUGGCAGUAAAAAGAAGCCAGUGUUGCAUAAUUGUCCAGCACAGGAGGGUGUGCCACAACCAGAGGUUUUCUCUUGGAGUUACGUCUUUAAAGAUCUUGGCACAGGUGCUUCUGAAAGGCAUGAAUGACUUUGCAGUUCUCAACACUGGGCGGAAGAUGCCCCUGAUUGGACUGGGGACGUGGAAGAGUGACCCAGGAAAGGUGAAACAAGCAGUUAUUUGGGCGUUGGAGUCUGGGUAUCGCCACAUUGACUGUGCAGCUAUUUAUGGCAAUGAGGCUGAGAUUGGAGAAGCCUUACAGGAGACACUAGGCCCUAGCAAGCUUCUCAGACGAGAGGAUGUGUUCAUCACAUCCAAGCUGUGGAACACUCAUCAUCACUCUGAGGAUGUGGAGCCAGCCCUCCUGAAGACCCUCAAGGAACUGAAGCUAGAGUAUCUUGACCUUUACCUCAUCCACUGGCCAUACGCCUUCCAAAGAGGAGAUUUAACCUUCCCUAAAAAGGAGGAUGGCAGUCUGCUGUAUGAUGACAUAGACUACAAGGUCACCUGGGCUGCCAUGGAAAAGCUGGUGGAAAAAGGACUGGUUCGUUCCAUCGGCCUGUCCAACUUCAACAGUUCUCAAAUCGAUGACAUCCUGUCUGUUGCCAGCAUCAAACCAACUGUGCUACAAGUGGAGGGCCACCCCUAUCUGACCCAGGUAGAACUGUUAGCCCACUGUCGGGAUCGGGGCCUGGUGAUGACCUCUUACAGUCCUCUGGGUUCUCCUGACCGGGCCUGGAAACAUCCAGAUGAACCUGUCCUGCUUCAGGAACCUGUUAUCACUUCCCUGGCUAUGAGAUACAAGAAGACUCCUGCUCAGAUUAUCCUGAGAUGGCAGACACAGCGAGGAGUGGUAACAAUCCCCAAGAGUGUUACACAGUCCCGUAUCAAGGAGAACAUUCAGGUGUUUGACUUCACACUUGAAGCAGAAGAAAUGCAAAGUGUCACAGCCUUGAAUAAAGGCUGGCGCUACAUUGUGCCGAUGAUUGAUGUGGAGGGAAAGCGUGUUCCUAGGGAUGCUGGACAUCCUUACUACCCCUUCAAUGAUCCCUACUAAAAAUUCUCACUAUAACCUGAAUUUGUGCCUUUAACAACCUCAUCACGUCAAGUCAGCUUCACAUGUUGUCAGAUCUUGCACUUACUGAUUUCACAUUUAGAAAUAUGGUUAGCGGUGUAGUCCUGUAUCACAACAAAACAUGAUUUAUGCAUUAUUUUUUAAAUAAACAGUUUGUUACUUGCAAUA